AUGAGUGACUCCGCUGGCGGAACAGACGACGCUGAAAGCACAGUUAAGGCAGAAUCAGAUAGCUUGCAUACCCAGGAUGACCAGAAUUCUUUCAAGGACGAGAUAGGCUCGGAAAAAGACCACCAACCCCAAAACAACGAUUUGAACGAAUCUCAAAAUAUAACUCAAGACUCGGAAAAUACAGACUCAGACUCAUCUUCGGUAGCGUCUGCCGACUCGCCUCCUGUAUUCUUAUACUCGCGACUCAAUUCGCUUCCUCGUAACUUUUUGGACCGAGAACCUGUUUCAUGUAGCUUGUUCCACGAAAGCUUGUUUGUAUUUGCCACUCAUUCAGGCCUUGUGCAUGUGUGCAAACCCGACUUUACAAUGGUAAGAACGUACAAGGCACACAGUGCAUCGGUUCUAGCUUUGGAUACCGAUGGAACCCAUGUUAUUUCAGCGUCAAUGGAUGGAAGUGUAGUGGUGACUUCCACAGUGGAUUCUAAUGAAACAUUUGGUUUCGACUUUAAAAGACCUGUUCACGCAGUGGCAAUUGACCGAAAAUACUCGGUGACAAAAUCUUUUUACUCUGGCGGCAUGAGUGGAAAAGUGAUCCACUCUUCAAGAAACUGGCUUGGAAAAAGGUCGGAUACCAUUCUUUACCUGGGAGAUAGCCCCAUAGUGGCAUUCAAAAAAGUAGGGGAAAUUAUAGUGUGGAUGAAUGACAUGGGAAUCUCGUUCUUUGACACCUACCAUCGAAAUAUCAUCAAGACAAUUUAUAGACCCGAUGGUGCUCCUCGCGGCGACCUCUACUGGCCCCGCAUACAUUUUCCAGAAACCGACCGGAUUCUCAUAGCAUGGGCGUACCAUGUGUGGUCUAUCAAGAUCCAGAGUGGUUCUACCAGCUCCAAUAAUGGUGCUCUGACCGGAGCUGCCUCAUCUUCUGCUCAGAACAGAAUAAUGUCAUCCGCCAUGUCUUUUCGUUCUGUCCCAGAAAAGCAUAUAAAUGUCGAGCAUGUGCACCAGUUUGAUUUCCUUGUGGCAGGUAUCUCGUCGUUUAAGGACGACAAAUUGCUUGUACUAAGCUACGAACCGCCCAUCUCAGUCGAAGAUAAGUUGGAGUUCCAAGACCCCGACUUGAAAAUAGUUGAUUUGGCUAAUGGAGAGAUUGAUUUCGAGGAGGAAAUUGGCCUUCGUUAUAUCAAAAAUCUCGGAUUGAACGAUUACUCACUCGGAACUCAUAUCGGCAAUACUGGCGCUACCUACUAUAUCAUGAGCGCCAAGGAUGCUGUCAUUGCAAAAGAAGUACAACUCAACGACCGAUUGGAAUGGUAUAUUUCGCGAGAAGAUUACUUGGAGGCCUGGAAACUAAGUCAGCAUUUAUUAACUCCCAUUAAAAGACUCAAUUUGGGAACUUCUUAUGUGGAUACUUUGAUCAAGAGAAAUGACUGGAAAGAGGCUGCGAACUUCUUGCUGACAAUUCUACAUGUGGAUGAAUCGCAGAUGCCUGCAAUUGAUACGAAGAGCACUUUACGUACAGACCAGUCAGUUGCUCUGAAGGGUGACGAUGAAUUGAUAAAGGAAAUUAUUCGCCAGUGGGAAAUCUGGGCUACGAUAUUUUUAAAGUCUGGCCAUGUUGAAGAGCUAACUCUGAUUAUUCCAACACUUCCUCAGUUAAAUCUUCCACAAACAUUGUUUGACGAAAUAUUGGAGUACUGGUUAAAGAACAAAUCGCAGACGGUGUUCUAUAAUAUCAUCAGUAAAUGGGAUAUCUCUCUAUUUACUUUCGAGGCCAUAACCCUGACAAUGGAGUCUUCGCUCGAGGCCGAAGAUGACGAUAAACUUCGAAGAUGUCUAGCUGACUUGUAUGUUAGAGCCGCUCAGCCUCAAAAAGCAGUACCCCAUUUGGCCCAUUUAAGAGACCGCAACUUGGUCAGGUUUCUCCAUGAUCAUCACUUGAUAGCAUCUUUCGUCGACAGCCUUCCCUACUAUAUCAGUCUUUCUUUGAAGGACGAUGAGAUAGAAAACACCCCUAUAAGCGACCUUGAGGUGGAGCUUCAAGACACAAUUGAUAUUCUCGUUGAAAGUCGACACGAAUUGCCUCCACAGGUUUUGACCGAGAUGAUGACCAAGCACCAUUUGGAUUUCAUCAACUUGUUUUAUUUGGAACGACUUGAAGUUGUCGACGACUAUCUCACGGUACCGUUUCAGAACGACAGGUUACAGUUAUUUGCGCAAUAUGAUCGCAAGAAACUUCUUCCCUUCCUUACCAAGCACAGCUCCUACGACAUCCAGAAAGCCAUCCAGCUCUGCGAAGAUAAUGAUUUUGUUGAAGAAUCGGUUUAUUUGUGGGGAAAAGUGGGCGAGACCAAAAAAGCAUUAAUGUUGAUAAUCAACAAAUUGGACGACCCAGAGAAGGCUAUAAACUUUGCGAAGCACCAGAAUGAUAAGGAAGCAUGGGAUAUUUUGCUAGAGUAUUCAAUGGAGAAACCUGCUUUCAUCAAAGCACUUAUUGAGCAUGCCGACGAACAGUCGUACAUGUUCUAUGAUCCCAUUUUGAUAUUGGAAAAAAUGCCUCGCGAUGUGGAGAUAGAGGGUCUCAAAGAGUCUGUUACCAAGAUCUCCUACAAUAACGAUCUCAACGUCAUCCUCAACCAACUCAUUCUUCGAAUAAUUUACAACAAGUCUGAAGACGUUUCCAAACAGCUUCGAACCCUCAAACUCAAAGGUAUCCAGGUUGACGUUGAUGAAUACACGGAGCUUUUCCAGCGGUUCGAGACAAUAUUGGUUGAAAGCAUGGAACCAAAGGGACAGUUGAAGACAGCCGAAGAGGAAACCAGCGUCUAUUCGGAUCUCGCAAACAAGAUCAGGCAUCUUGAAUCGUUAAGGGCAAAGACAUAA